CAAAUCAACAUCUCGAGGCAUCAGGGUCUGAGAAAAGGAGUGUUGAGAGAAAGAAACGGAAGCAAAAUGGACGAAGCUGAAUUCCGACGCCUUCUCCUUCUCUUCCCAGUCGUCCGAUCUCGUGACUACCAUGCUGAAUCAGAGAAAUGUAGGGAGUCAACUUCUAAAACCGCAGAUUCUGAAGCGCUAAAAGAAUGGCAGGAUGCAUGGGAUGAGGGAGAGAACAAAGACAUGGAGAAGGAAACAGAUGAUGUACCUGGUAAGGCUGAUGCAUUCUGGGACAAGCUAAAGUUGGUUGCUGAGAGGAAGGUGGGUGCCGCAGAAGCAGAGCGAUUUUGCAAGGCAUUCCAACGAGUUCAUAAGAAACUAGUCUAUGAAGAACUGAGUUUGGAUGCUGCCAAGACUUUUCUGAACUCAUCAUGAAAAUGCGUAGCAUAUAGUUUGAUUGUGUGCUUCUGUAGAUUUUCAUGUUAUAAUUGAUACUACUCAUCCUUCCUUUGAACAAAGGUCUUAUAAUUACCCCGAAACAGAUCAUAAUGUUGCUACUAUUGUUUUGGGUAAAAACGUGUAAUCUUUCACAUUGUUAGACAUACUGCAGAAAGGAAAAAAAAGUAGAUAAGUUCAGACUUAUGG